AUGAAGAUCGCAGCUCUCGCCGCCACUUUCGCCCUGGCCCUCGUCCCCAGCGUGUCCGCCUGGCGCGUGUACUUUUACCAGCUGAAGGAGGAAGAGGGCCCAUCUAUCACCAAUGCUGGGCCUGGAAAUCCCGGGUUCAAGUGCCAUUCCAACGUCGACCCUCUCAACCAGAAGAUUUCCUCGAUGAGGUACUACUCGGACAAUCCGGAGGGCACCACCCGCUGCUGUCUUAGGGUAUACGACAGCCCCGGCUGCAAAGGCGACUUUGGCUAUUCGUUCUGUCGCAACCAGUUCCUCAACUUCGACGACAUUGGUCACGACAACGAUGUGAGCUCCUACUCGACCGACUGCUUCAGAAUCUGA